CUCGAUGCAACCUAAAAAGAUCAGGGAAAGGGCGAGAGAAUUGUCGAACAGCCACACUGAGCCCGAGACCUUCGAGCCAACGGCACACAGAAGAUGGAAGUAUCUGUAACGUAUGCGGCCUCGACGUCAAGGCCUGUGUGCUUCAACAAUGGUCUAUUACACUCACAAAUUCGUUCAUUUACUCCCAUUAAGACCACUGAUUCCAUCGCUAUCGGUCGCAAUAGCAAGGGAAGAAGAAAAUCCAUUCCUGUAGCUAACGCCUUUAAUGGAUCCACUAUCCCCAGACACACCUUGUCGAGCAAUUGGGAUGUUGACCUUUGCCAAAAUUACUCUGUACCUGCAGCUCCAUGGCUUCCCAGAUUCGAAGAGCUCGACACUACUAACAUGCUUCUCCGUCAGCGAAUCAUCUUUUUGGGUUCUCAGGUGGAUGACAUGACGGCAGAUUUUGUAAUUAGUCAGCUGCUGUUUCUGGAUGCUGAAGAUCCCAAGAAAGACAUUAAGUUAUUUAUAAAUUCACCCGGUGGCUCUGUUACUGCUGGAAUGGGAAUUUAUGAUGCCAUGAAGUUAUGUAAGGCAGAUGUUUCAACCAUUUGCCUCGGGCUUGCUGCAUCCAUGGGUGCAUUUAUCCUUGCUUCUGGUACUAAAGGGAAGAGGUUUUGCAUGCCAAAUGCAAGAGUAAUGAUCCAUCAACCACUUGGAACCGCUGGUGGAAAAGCUACAGAAAUGAGUAUUCGUAUAAGAGAAAUGUCAUACCACAAGAUUAAGAUCAACAAAAUACUAUCAAGAGUGACUGGGAAGUCUCUGGAGCAGGUUGAAGUGGACACUGACCGUGAUAACUUUAUGAAUGCUUGGGAAGCCAAGGAAUAUGGAUUAAUUGACGGGGUUAUUGAUGAUGGCAAGCCAGGAUUAAUUGCACCAAUUGCUGAUGCAUUGCCGCCACCAAAAACCCGUGUAUGGGAACAGUGGAAGGUUGAAGGAGGCCGAAAAGCGAGAAAAAAUUUGCCCUCAGAGCAUAAGUUUUUGCAGAAUGGAUAUAAAGGAGGCCAGGGAAGUGAUGGUGAUAAAGGCCCUGAACAGGCAAAGGAAGCACCUACAGCAGUAUGAGUUGAUAAAGAUUUUAUCUUGUUUCUGUACCCUGUAGCUCUCCUUAAAGUUAAUUCAUAUUUGUUAUCUACGUCAGAAUAUAAAUGGGAUUUCACUUGCCCUGGCAGUCACAAGCCAUGCAAGAUCUACAUUGUACAAUAGUUAAGGGGAACCUUUCUGGGUGCCUAGGCUGAUUCUCUAGUUGUUUUCUUAAUCUUUUUGCUGAAUGGUGAGUCCAGUUGGUUUUCCUGUUCUCCUGAAUUUUGUUGCUCAGCAAUCCUUUGGUAGGUAGGGAACCUCUGAAGAAACUUCAUAAUAA